AUGUGUAGAGAUGUCACCUUCGAAAGUGCAAAAAUGACCCUAGAACAUUGUUUAAGGGUGAACUAUGGCAUGAUACUUAUGUUAGGGGAUAUAAACAUCACCCUCACACCCACACAGGUUCCAGAAACAGCCUCGUGCCAACACUUAAACUCCUCAACUGAUCUCUUGAGAGUCUGCAUCAGGAUUCUCAGAGCGGGUGGCAUUUCCAGGGAGGGAGAUAGUCACUGGUGGCUCCACACGCUGCUGGUGACAUUCAGAGCCGAGACGUGUAACACAGUAUGCUGCCGACACAUAAAGCUGAGACUUACAAUAUCAGUGGAGGCCCGUGACGGCGGCAUUCCUACCAAAGUUGCUGGUCGAGAGGGCCCCAGUCCUAAGAGGCCCCUGGUUAACUCUAGCCACUGGGACUGGGGUCCAUUAGGGCUAAGCUCCAAUCCUAAUGUGGAUGAAGCUAUUGACACAACAGAUGGGGAGCGAGUAUUGACGAGGUUACUGAGCGAAAAGUCAUUCUGCGUGGAAAAGUGUGAUCACUCUGGCAGUCAGCUUAGUGUAACGUUCAAUAAAGAGACUGGCAACACCGUCACAGUGUACAGGGAUCUAGACAAGGCUGAUAGCUGUAUAAAGGAGAUAGACAGGACUGACAGCCAUAUUAAGCAGCUAGACAGGACUGACAGCCAUAUUGAGCAGCUAGACAGGACUGACAGCCAUAUUAAGCAGCUAGACAGGAUUGACAGUCGUAUAGAGCAGUUAGACAGGACUGACAGCCAUAUUAAGCAGCUAGACAGGAUUGACAGUCGUAUAGAGCAGCUAGACAGGACUGACAGUCGUAUAGAGCAGCUAGACAGGACUGACAGCCAUAUUGAGCAGCUAGACAGGACUGACAGCCAUAUUAAGCAGCUAGACAGGAUUGACAGUCGUAUAGAGCAGUUAGACAGGACUGACAGCCAUAUCGAGCAGCUAGACAGGAUUGACAGUCGUAUAGAGCAGCUAGACAGGACUAACAGUCGUAUAGAGCAGCUAGACAGGACUGACAGUCAUAUUAAGCAGCUAGACAGGACUGACAGCCAUAUUGAGCAGCUAGACAGGACUGACAGUCGUAUAGAGCAGCUAGACAGGACUGACAGCCAUAUUAAGCAGCUAGACAGGACUGACAGCCAUAUUGAGCAGCUAGACAGGACUGACAGUCAUAUUAAGCAGCUAGACAGGACUGACAGCCAUAUUGAGCAGCUAGACAGGACUGACAGCCAUAUUGAGCAGCUAGACAGGACUGACAGUCAUAUUAAGCAGCUAGACAGGACUGACAGCCAUAUUGAGCAGCUAGACAGGACUGACAGUCGUAUAGAGCAGCUACACAGGAUUGACAGUCGUAUAGAGCAGCUAGACAGGAUUGACAGUCGUAUAGAGCAGCUAGACAGGACUGACAGCCGUCAAGAACAGCUAAACGAAACUGACGCAAAUGAAGCGUUGGACACGACUGACGGAAAAAAUACAACUAAUAGGCGGAAGUGA